AUGCCCUCGGAGGCUGCGAGCAGCGGCGCGGAGCCCCCCGGAGCCCCCAGGGAACGACGGCGGCGACGGGGCCGAGGCCGGGCUCGCACCGAGGCUUUGCUGCACACCUUGAAGCGGAGCCGCCGGGUGAAAGCCAACGACCGGGAGAGGAACCGCAUGCACCACCUCAACGCCGCCCUGGACGAGCUCCGCAGCGUCUUGCCCACCUUCCCCGACGACACCAAGCUGACGAAAAUCGAGACCCUGCGCUUCGCCUACAACUACAUCUGGGCCCUCUCCGAGACCCUCCGGCUGGCCGAGCAGUGCCUCCCUCCUCCCCCCUCCUGCCGCGGCCCCCCAGCUCCCCCCAGCCCCGGCAGCGACGCCGGUUCGUGGCUUUCCAGCCCUUCCCCGGCCCCCCCCUCGCUCUGCGCCUCCGCCUCGGGCCCCAGCAGCCCGGCCACCUCCGAGGACUGCGCCUUCGCCUCCCCCGACGGCCUGCGGGGCUUCCGCGGGCUGCCCCCCUCCGCCGCCACCCCCGGGGCUCCCUGCCGCUAGCGCUCCCCCGGGGGAUAAAGGGGGGGGCACCCUCCCGCUGCACUUUCCAGCCCCCUCCCCC